AUGCCGUCACCCACACCCGCCGCCAUGCCGCAGAGAGAUGUGCGCGCCGCCGCACUGCUCGAACAGGGCCGCAGGCAGAAGGCCGAGCUCGAUCGCAUGGUCAAGCCCAGCUUUGCGCACUCCGCAUCCAUCUCCUCCACCAGCACCACCUCGCGCGCAGGCAGGAUGCAUCCCAAGGACGCCAGCGCCAAGCUCCUCGACGCCGACAUCGACUUUGCCCGUCGCAACCUCCGCAACACCUGGCUCAACCUCCUCUUCACGUGCACCUUUACCCGCGAGGCGCAGGCGGUCGAUGGCUACAUCUGGAACGACACCUCCUACACGCUCAUCUCCGCCUACCGCACCUACAUCUCGGCCGCGCAGAAGGCCGUCGAUCCUGCAUCGGCCCCUGCAGCAGCUCAGGCACCUGGUCGCCGGGGCAAGUCGGCCCAGGAUGCGUCGCGCGUCAAGGCCGAGUACCGCAAGUUCCUCGUAGAUGAAGAGCUCUUCUGGCACGAGCUCGUCGGCCGCCUCGUGCGUCUCUUUUCGCUCGACGAGGCGCGUGCCAACCUCGAAGCGCUCGGCAUCGACGCCGACAACGAUGCAGAUUCGUCGCUCGCGUCGUCUCUGCCCUCGGACUCGUUCACAUCGCGCGCCAACCGCCACGACAACGAGCCGGACGAGUCGCUCUCCCAGGCGGCGCUCUUGCCCGCCAAGCGCACGCACCUCGUCACGCUGCUGCACAAGUUCCUCAUCUUUUGCGGCGACCUCGCGCGCUACCGCGAAAUGUCGUCGCACGACCCUCCGGCCGACGCCGCGUCCGCCCCUUCGAAAAGGCCCAAGCCUACGCCCAAGUACGACUUUAGCCGCGCGUCGGCAUUCUACGAGCAGGCACGCCUCAUCCUGCCGGACCAGGGCAACCCGGCCAACCAGCUGGCCGUCGUGUCGACGUACAAGGGCGACACCUUCGCCUCGCUCUACUACUACUACCGCGCGCUGUGCGUCAAGACGCCGUUCGCCAAGGCCAAGAUCAACCUGGAAAAGCUGCUCGCCAAGCCCACCGCUGCUUGGCUCGACGAGGCCUCGCGCUCCACCCAUGCAUCCGCCUACACGUGGGAUGCAGCCAAGGACGCCGAGUUGCGCGAUCCGCAGCUGGUCGCUCGGCUGGCCGCCGACGUCGAGCUCGCCGAGCGCACCACCGAGGCGUGGCUCAAGCAGGUCGUCGUGCUGCACGGCCUCUUUUACCGCCGCAGCCAUCUCGACCACAUCAUGUAUCUCUCGCGCUGCGUGCUGGCUACGUUUUCGACGCUGGUUCGCGCGCGAGCGCUGCGCGCCGACCAGAUUGUCCAGUUUCUUGUCACGGCGCUGUGUGCGUCGUGGACGACGCGACUAUGGCGCAGCGCACCCUCGUCGGUCAGCCGCGAUGCGCCAAGGCCAUCAUCAGAAGGAUCGGAGGACCCGCAUCGACCUCGAGCGAUCCGCAGCGAGCGCUCGUCGCGCAAGCGUGCGCCGUCGCCCGAGACGGGCCGCUGCGUCGAGUUCCAGGUGACGGCGCACGUGCUCGGUGUCUUCCGCGAGCUUUGUGCUGUCGACACGACCGAGACGCGCAAGGCGUUGGAGGCGAGCAAGGCUGCGGCAGCGGCUCUUGGCGACGAUGGUGCCGAGGCGUCGCCAAUCCGCAACUUGACGGCGGUGGUGCGCAGGACGCUGCCUGCGAUGCGCAUCGUGACCAAGUGGACCAAGACGCAUCUGGAGUACAUGCAGCGCAUCGAGAAGCGCGCGCGCGAAGCGGUGCAGCAGUUUGGCGACGCGGAUCAGGAGGUGGUGCGCUCGGGCAUGGAGGUGCGUCCGGACUCGGAGCAGCCCAACGCGCACCACACGGCGUACGUCGACACGCUCGAGGCGAUGGAUCGGUGCUGGUCGCAGUACGUCGACAUGAUCAACAGCCUGCGCUACGCGUUCCCCUUUGAUGCGCUGCCCAACAUCGGCAAGGUGGGCGCGGUGGGCGCGGCUGCGCUGUGCCUCGAGGAGGACUCGGACAUGCGCGGAUUCGCGCCGACGCGCAAGGCGACGCAGUCGACGAUUCCGGGCGGCACGACCAUCAGCGUGGGCAUGGGCGAGGCGUGCGCCAACAUGGAGGCGGUGCGCCCGAGCCAGGUGCACCCGAACGAGGAGCAGCUGAUGCGCAUCGCCGACCUCAUGAUCGAUGCCAAGGUGAUCGCCGAGUCCGAUGCCAGUCCCAUCCACUUUGACGACACCAACAAUGUGUUUGAGUACCGUCGUCGGGCGGAGGUCAAGCCGGCAGCGACGAGUGCCCCGAAUGGUGCGACGAGGACGGAAGCGGAGGAAAACGGCAGCUCGGCGUCGGUGGACGAUCCGGUGGAGGCAGCCAUGCGUGCUGCUGUCGGGCGGCCCGAGACGGACGUCGAGUCGAUGGAGCAGUCGCUGCGCAGUGUCGACUUGGAAGGCGAAAGGAGUCAGGCCGAGCAGCUGCUGGUGCCGUCGCAGGUGCGCUCGAAAGCCGCGCAGAACAGGGACGAGCUGGCGCGCCAGCUGUUUGCUGCCUACCCACUAGCCUCGAGUUCGACGGGCGCUGCGGGCCCGGGCGUGAACACAGCACCACUCAGCUCGAUCUGGGCGCCUAGCGCCUCGGAAAUGAAUGCGGGCGCGACGAACCUGCCACCGCAUCUGGCCUCGUACGGCGGCCGCAACGAUCUGUACCAGCGCCCGAUGCAGGCGGCGUACCCGACGCCUUCGUGGUCGAACCACAGCUACCCGCAGCACGCCGGAUCGAUGGCGGGCGGAUUCGGCAAUACGACGCCGGAUCCGUUCAACCCGCACGCGUAUGGCGCUGCGCCGGGCAUGCACGCGCACCACGGGCAGAUGCACUACCAGGGAGGCGCGCCGUAUGCACCCAGCAUGAUGGAUGCCUCGCAACCACGCAUGACGCCCAUGCCCGGCGAUGUGCACGGCACGAGGCGCAGUCAGGACGCGUACUAUCCCGGUGCGACCGGUGCCGGUGCGCCGCAGCAUCCACCUCGCUUUGGUUAG